AUGAAAUCCCUCAUGAGCGGAUCUCCGCGACGAACCCCCGGGUUGCGCUCUUCUCCUCUACCGCAGAGCGAGUUCUCAAGUCCUACAUCUACACACGUGGCUGCAAAACGAAAAAUCAACCUAACUCACCCGCUUCCUCAAGCGUCAAAAUCUCCUUUGAAGCAAGCUCGAACUCAGUCACACCCAGACUCAGAAGAGGAAGAAGAAGAGAAACAGAAUAAAGAUGAAGACAAAAAAGAGGAAGAGGAUAAAGGUGAAGAGGCGAGUGCAGGCGAGCAUGCGGACGAAGAAGAGGACGCGAGACAAGAGGAGAGUGAGGCCGAAGAUAGAGGUUCCGAAGCUAUAGCUGGUGAUGCUGCAGACUUUUCUGAUGACGCCAACUAUUUAAUCGAGGAUGAGGCGGAGGAUAAUGGGUUUGUUGAAGGCCCCGGUGAUUACCAUGAAGCCGCCGACCAUCGUGAUGUAGAUGCGCAGUCAUCUGAAGCAGAAGAGGAGCAGGCCGGGAAGUCUCCAGUACCAGUACUGGAUACUGCAAGUAAGGGCAAGAAACGCAAAGAAUCUGACAAGAAUGUCGAGGAGAAGGGUGACGAUGAGCCCAAAUCAAAUCACACUGGUAAGGGGCGUGGAAGAAAGCCGAAAAACCGGCAGGAAGACCGAGAUCAGGAACCCAAUAACGAAGACGAGAACCCACGGCCGGCAAAGAAGGCAAAAAAGACUGCUAAAUCUAGCAAUCUUCAAAUGACUGUCGAUCAGGAGAAAGAAUUGCAAAACGUUGUGGAAAAUAUCACUAAAAAUGAUGGACCACUUAAUAAGAAACGCAGCUUAUAUAUUCUACGACGGGAGACUCCAUCGGACGACACUGUUCGGCAUACACGCUCUGGCAGAAUAUCUGUCCGGCCGUUGGCCUAUUGGCGCAAUGAGAAGUGCGUUUACGGAACCGGUGAGGCAGAAGUUGGCCAGAGGUUCCCUCUCUCUACAAUCAAGGAGAUCAUUAGGACAGAAGAUCCUGCUAUCGACCAGUCAGGGAGGAAACGGGGUUCAAAGAAAAAAUCAAAGGGUAAAAAGAAGGGAGGGAGUGAAUCCGAUGAUGAGCCAGAUGAGAAUGCUGAGCCCUGGGAGACACAGGAGGGCGUUUUUUACGGCCCUGUAAAAACAUGGGACCCAGAAAAACAGACCGGAACCCAAGAGGAAGAAAUGAUGGAUGUUGCUUAUGCUCCCUCAGCGAUUGAGACACAUGAAGUCAAGGAUUCUACCUUCCGUUUUGCAAAGAUCCUCAGUACACCAUUUCUCGGAUCUGGGUUUGUGGAAAUGCCUCCAAAUGCGAUCAAGAAGCAGAAAAACUCAAAACGAAUGCAUAUGGUUUUCUUCGUUUACUAUGGCAGAAUCCGGGUCGAUAUCGCAGGCUUGCAAUUCAGCGCUGGCAAGGGGUGUGUCUUCCAGGUACCUAGAGGGAAUAACUACAGCUUUGCAAAUGAAUAUAAAAAACCAGCAGCUAUAUUUUUUACGCAAGGUUGCAUACCCCUGGAUGCGGAUGGGAAUGUUGACACCGGCGUUGCCGCCCCGCCUGUGCCAGAGGCUCCUUCAACUCAAACAAAUAACAAUGCUACUGAGAAAGGAGGUAAAAAGCGAGGUCGUCCCAAGCAGGGCGCCAAAGGAGGGUGA